CCUGCGGUGCAAUACUGAAGUACUGUAACAGUCACCUGUCCUACCUGAGCUCACCUGUACUACCUGCACUGAUCAGGGACCCGUCCGACCUCACAGCACCAUGUUCACCAGGAACGUUGUUCUUCUGUUCUCUCUGCUGGUUCUGCUGGUGGAAGGAGACCUCGACUCCAACGAUGCUGGAAUACAAGCCAUGUCUACAGAUAAAGAUUCAACGUCUGACGAGGCUCCUACAGAGAGCAUGAACGCUGUUUCUCCUGAUCAACCUGAUGAACCUCAGUUUUACGGAGCAGCAGCAGACACCAGCAGCUCCAGUUCAGAGGCAGCAGCUCCAGAAGCCAAUCAAGUGACAGCACCUGAGCCUGCUGCAGCUGCUGCUAACAGUGUGGAGGAAGAAGAAGAUGAGGAUGACAGCGUUGACUCUGACGAAGGCGGGAAGAAGAAGUUCAGCUCUCGCUCAGCUAAGCCUCAGAGCCCCGUCCACGUUGUCCAAAGCCCCGCCCUCCCGCCGCAACCCGUCAUCCCUCAACCCAAAGCAGUGGUGGUGAGAAGGACGUCCAAGAGAAGGUCCAGGACCAACCGGCGCCAGAUCUAACACAACACACACAACAAACACACACACUCAGACACACAACAUGUAAUCUAUCACACGUCUGAUCACGUACAGACACACAAACACACAGCAGGUUCAUGUUCUGACUCACAACCAACACAGCUGUUUGUGUCCAGGAGCCACAUUCAACACAACUUUAUUCAUACUGUUUAUCAAUCAAUCGGCUGAUCCAAGACCAAACAGGAAAAGUCACGAUUUCAACACGGUGUCUCUGUUAUACAUGUGUGUGUUUCUGGUAUGAAUGUGUGUGUUUCUGGUAUAAAUGUGUGUGCUUGUGGUAUAAAUGUGUUUGUUUCUGGUAUGAAUGUGUUUGUUUCUGGUAUGAAUGUGUGUGUUUUCUGAUAUAAAUGUAUUUGUUUCUGAUAUAUGUGUGUGUUUCUGGUAUGAAUGUGUGUGUUUUCUGAUAUAAAUGUAUUUGUUUCUGAUAUAUGUGUGUGUUUCUGGUAUGAAUGUGUGUGUUUUCUGAUAUAAAUGUCUGUUUCUGGUUUAAAUGUAUGUUUUCUGGUAUGAAUGUGUGUUUUCUGGUAUGAAUGUGUGUUUUCUGGUAUACAUGUGUGUUUUCUGGUAUGAAUGUGUAUUUUCUGGUAUACAUGUGUGUUUUCUGGUAUACAUGUGUGUUUUCUGGUAUGAAUGUGUGUUUUCUGGUAUGAAUGUGUGUUUUCUGGUAUACAUGUGUGUUUUCUGGUAUGAAUGUGUGUUUUCUGGUAUACAUGUGUGUUUUCUGGUAUGCAUGUGUGUUUUCUGGUAUGAAUGUGUGUUUUCUGGUAUACAUGUGUGUUUUCUGGUUGAACGUGGCUCCUGGACUUCGGCUGACUUCAGUAUUUCAGCUGCUCAGUUCAUCAUUUUUCUGUGUUUUACUUUGAUUUAUUCGGUUUGAAACGUCUUCUGUUUGUUCUGUUAUCUGAUGUUAAUAAAGCUAAACUGAACAUGA